AUGGCCAACUCGCAGACCGCUCCGCCGACGCACAUCUUCGACCCGCUCCCUCACUCUCGACCCGAUGGGGGCCCUGAACAUGAGAACGGCGCAGCAAUCUCUGCGCUCUUCGCCCAUGGCGGACCAGGAACGACUGUCCUCCUCCGCCCUCGCGCAACCUACGUCCUCUACUCGCAAAUCGACAUGUCGCAUCCUGGCACUACUCUUGCGACCGAAGGAUACCCCGUGUUCGAAUCGGGCAACCAGGCCAUUCUCGAAACGCGAGGCGAGAAAGAGUCGGGCGCGGUGCGGAUGUUCAACCUCCCUCGCUGCGCGCUCAAGAGGGUGCAUGUCAAGGGCUGCCGUGGUUGGGGAAGCAAGGCGCCGACUGAGGAGGAAAAGGAGAGGUGGAAGAAGGAGGGGAGGAUGGGAUGGUUGGAGGGCGGAGGAGCGCUCGUCUGGAUGGGAGGUCCCGAGGCGCACGAGCAGAUUGUCGAGGGCUGUCGCCUCGAGGACCCGCGUGGAUGGACUUGCGUCCACCUCGUCGACUUUGCCCAGCGCUGCCGCGUCGUAAACAACCUCGUCGGCCCUUCCGGCCAGCAAGCUCCGGGACCUUGGGCAGAUGGCCUCAGUAUCGCCGGCAAGGACAGCUUGGUCGCCGGCAACACCGUCUUCGACGCGACAGACGGUGCCAUCGUCCUCUUCUGCGCUCCUGGCACGGUCUGCACGGACAACACCAUCAUCGCGCGCGAGCGCAACCUCCUCGGCGCAAUCAACAUGGUCGACGACUUUCCCUUCGACCGCGACUUUACCGAGACGAGGGUCAUCGCGAACAAGAUCAAGACCGAGGGAGCGUUCAUUCGGGUUGCGAUUGCGUGCGGACCGACGAGUUGGAACCCGUGGGGACCGCACCACACGCUGAACUACGGCGGCCACGUCCUGCACAACCUGAUCGGCCCUGGCCAGUUCGGCUACGGCAUCACCCUCUCAGGCGUCGACAACUUCACCGUCCUCGGCAACUCCCUCGCGCCUCACACACGCUUCGCAGGCUCGACGCACCGUUUCUACCCCGCAACCAUCAACGCUCCUCCGUCCGCCUUUGUACGUCAGUGGGCAGACCGCGGGAGGGUGCUCAACUGCGAAGUGCAGGAGGAAUUCGUGGAGGGCGAGUUGCAGUGGGUUAUUGGGAUUGAACCAGAGGUAGGGGACAAGUUGGAGUAUGAGGCGGGGCAGGUUGGGCUUGAUGUGAGGGGAUUCAGUCGGGCGGGCGAGGGAGGGCUCGCGAUGCGUGGAGCGAGGUGGGAGGUUAGUACGAGGGGCGAGCUGGUGUUGAGGAAAGUCGAGGGGAAGGUCGACCAGUUCGGGCAGGGCGAGUAUGGGAGGGGACGCGUCGUUUGGUCCAGCGGGCGUGCAGGCGGUAGACACGGCGCCGUCGAAGAACCUCGACUCGACUUCCUCCUCGAGGGGCGGGUCACGCUCCGCUCGCACAGCGGCGAGGGCGACGUCCUCUGGGACCCAACGUCCUACCUCGUCCCCUACCUCUCGCACCUCCCUCCUCCUCCGUUCCUCCCCCCUCCUACCGCCCCUCAGCCGCCCGAGCGCUGGCUCCCGCACCCCAAACUCAUUCUCCAGAACCAGCAGCCGUACGUACAAAUCAAGAACCACGAGGGGAACCUUGUGUUCUCGACGCAGUACGAGUGGGGGAACGAGGAUGGCUGGACGAUGAAGGCCGGUCAGUGGAUUGCGGUGGCGCCGAGGGAACUGAGGGGCGCUGAGGACCCGAGCGGGUUCGAGGAGGAGGAGGAGCAGUCCGGUUUUCCGCCACCUCCGCCGCCGCGUCAAGACAGCCAAAGCCACGGCGGCCACUUCUCUCGCUUUGUACGCGACUUGAACUCCUCCCUCCAGUCACACGGCGUCUCCGUCCCUUCUCUCUCCCCUCGCGGUCCACCACCUCCCAUCCCACCGCGCCCCUCCUCCUCCCCUUCCUCUCAACCCUCCCCGAACAACCUCUCCCCAACAUUCCUCUACCUCUCCCCCUCCACCUCCCAACUGAUCCUCCACUCUUCUCCCUCUGGCCCUACUUCCCCAACUCCAGACUCAACACACUUCUCCCUCCCCCCUCAACCCCCCUCCCCUCCUCCGACCAAGCCGGAGGACUCGUUCCUCGCCUUCCAAGGCGACGGGAACCUCGUCCUGUAUACUUCUGACGGACCUGUUUGGGCGAGUGGGACGAAUGGGGAUCGGAAGGCGGUGAAGGUGGGCUUGAGGGGUUGGGGGGAGGAAGGAGGGCCCGGGAUGGAGAUGUGCGACGAGAGGGGGGAGAGGGUUUGGAGUUCGAGGGAUUGA